AUGGAGGAGCUCACCACGUUGCAGUCGUAUCUCAAAGCAUCCAACGCCGACGGCCUCGCCAUCCUGGAAGCCACAGCUCCCUGGUGCUCACAAUGUAAAGCCAUGGCACCAUUCAUUUCAAAACUACAAACAAAAUACCCAGAAGCGCGAUUCUACAACUACAACACCGACAGAGCCUUGGACAUCUCCCAAGAACUCGGCGCAAAUCAAAUGCCUACAUUCCACAUCUUCAAAGACGGCGAUCUCAAGGAAUCGGUAACGGGUGCCAAAGCCAAGGAAUUGGAGACUGCGAUUGCGAAGUGUUAUGAUGGGACUCCUGUUGAAGAGGUUUAG